AUGUCUUCAACAAGAUUGUUCUUGUUUGCAUUAAUGGCGAUUUGUAUUUUGCAUACAGGAUCAACCCUAAAAUGCUACGACGUGAACUACAGAGUCCUGCACUGUCCGAUGAGAGAAGGAUACACUUUUGGAUGUCUUUCAGCAUCUAUUUCCAAUGGUGACGAUACCAGAACAGUAAUGAACUGUUACCCGGGAAGAUGUCACGAUUACGGCGAAUCCGUCCGAAUGGCCGGCCUGAGAUUGGAUUCAUGUUCAGUCUGUUUUGGAGAUCUCUGCAAUGCAGAUUUGGAGAAAAUGCGAGAGUUGGAGAUCGAAAGGGAGAGGGAAAUCGAGAUCCGGGGAAGGGAACGAAGAGAGAAAAAUAAUUAG